UCCGCCUUCCCGGCAAGGCUGAGCCGGGAGCCUCCAAAGAGGGGCUCCGGGCUUGACAGCAGAAGCGCAGGAGACUGGCUCCACCGAGGGAGGAUGAGCUGCUCAGCACCGUGAAGCCGGGCUUCUGCUUGCCAGUGGGAUCCAGAAAUGGGCUACUGGAGGAGACCGGGGCUGCUUUCCUUACUGCUGCUCUCCUUGUCCUGCGGCGCCGGCGCCCGCCGCAGCCUCAAGACCAACCUGUGCAAGUGGUGCGACUCCACAGCCCCGGCCUGCGAGGAGAAGGUGUGCUACAGCAGCUGCAACCUCAACUCCUACUGCGAGGACCCCUACGAGAUCUGCGUGGCGAUAUGGAGACAGGACAACGAGAGCAUCAGGGUCAGCACGCUGUGCCACAACCCCCAGCGCCCCAUCGAAAACCUCAUGGUCCCCAACUACAACACCUCGCGCUGCGUCAUGAGCCACCAGCCCAGCGAGGACGGGGUCAUCUACAUCUGCGGCUGCGUGGACGAGCAGGAGUGCAACGACAGGCUCAUCUUUGAGAACCACACCAAUGGCUACUCCAUGCUGCAGAGCAAAGAGGUGAUCCCGGUGGCUGCCAUCAGCCUCCUGCCCCCGCUGCUGGUGGCGGUGAUGAUCACGGUGAUAUUUUACCUCUGCCGCACGCAGAAGCGACGCAAGAGAGCCAAGGCGUGGGGUGGGAAACAGGGACAGCCCCCGGCGCUGCUGGAGCAGGGGAAGGCAACUGAGCGGGAGGAGAAGUUGUCGGUGCUGAUGGAUGAGAGCCCAGCCAGCAGCAGCAGCCACCCCGCAGAGCUGCUCCCCAUCGAGCUGGAUGAGAUGGUGGGCAAAGGGCAGUUUGCCGAGGUGUGGAGGGCCAAGCUGAGCCACAGCCACUCGGGGCAGUACGAGACCGUGGCCGUGAAGAUCUUCCCCUGCGAGGAAUACUCCUCCUGGAAGAACGAGAGCCAGAUCUUCACCGACACCAGCCUCAGGCACGACAGCGUCCUGCAGUUCCUCACUGCCGAGGACCGGGGCACGGGGCCCCGCCGGGAGUACUGGCUCAUCACCGCCUACCACAGCCGGGGCAACCUCAAGGACUACCUCUCCCGCCAUGUGCUGAGCUGGAUGGACCUGCAGAAGAUGGCUGGGUCCCUGGUGAGCGGCGUGGCCCACCUUCACAGCGACUACACCGCCUGUGGCCGCCCCAAGAUCCCCAUCGCCCACCGCGACAUCAAGAGCACAAACGUCCUGGUGAAGAACGAGCAGGAGUGCGUGCUCUGCGACUUCGGCAUCGCCAUACGCCUCGACCCCGCCCUCACAGUGGAUGACUUUGCCAACAGCGGGCAGGUGGGCACUGCCAGGUACAUGGCCCCAGAGGUCCUGGAGUCCAGAGUGAACCUGGAAGACCUGGAGUCUUUCAAGCAGAUGGAUGUCUACUCCAUGGCCCUCGUUUUGUGGGAAAUGGCCUCCAGAUGUGAGGUGGUAGGAGAGGUAAAGAAUUAUGAGCUGCCUUUUGGGUCCAAAGUCCAAGAGCAGCCUUGUGUGGACACCAUGAGGGACAUCGUGCUGCAUGGCAGAGGCCGGCCCGAGAUCCCAAGCAGCUGGCUGGUGCACCAGGGAAUGCGCUUCCUGUGCGACACCAUCACCGAGUGCUGGGACCACGACCCCGAGGCUCGGCUCACCGCCCACUGCGUGGCUGAGCGCUUCAACCUGAUGGCACAGAUGGAUUGUGAUGACAUCCUCAACAACAACAUGGACAACGAGGCCAGCAAAACAGCUUCUCCAGGUGAGGAGCACCAGGACAGCGACGGGAGCAGAAACAUUCAGUGACGCAGCACACCAAAGUCCUCAUCGCAAGGAACAAGAGGAUGUGGGGGAAGCAUUUAGCUCAUGGAGGAAAAAAACCUCACUGUUUUUCAAAAUGGAACUAAGAUCUAGUACAUAAAUUAUUUAUAAGAUCUGUUUCCUCCCACAGAUACAGUGAACUGUGGAAUCAAUAUUUUGGUUAAAGUGAAACAUUAUUAUAUGAGCUGACUUUGUACUUACUUAAAUGUGUAAUGAUGCAAAGCAUUCCUUUUAUUAUUUUUUAAAAUAAUAAUGUUUAAUCUUUUGUUAAUAUGCACCUGAA